CCUGCUUCACAGCGGUAAGUGUUGACCGAAAUAGUGAACAUCGAGCAACGACGACGUAUCCUACGUCAAACAUAGAAACCGAAACAUUUAAUACGACGACUGGGUUUCAAAUGGAAAUGUCUAUUAAAUAUCUGAAUGUGUCGUCAUUUGAAACGAGGCAGUGCCAAAGACUGGGGGGCAUUCUGUAAUCAGAGAAAGUGCUCCUCUGAACUGUCUGUCUACAGCAGCCAACAGAGGAUUUACCAGUGUGUUUUUGAUUAGCCUUGCUGAGAGAAGGGGAGGUGGAAGAAAAAGCCGGGGAAACCUUUCUCGGAUCUAAAGUUUACCGUCGCAGAGAUCGUUGUCUGAUUUUUUUCUCAUUGGAACUUGCUUAUAAAAAACCAGUGACCGUGGUGGCAUCCCAGUGACAGUGUUGGCGUCCCAGGGACUGAGUCACAUGACAGAGCGAGCGCACUUGUGCAGUCACGACUGGUCUCGAGCCACUGAGCUGCCAAAAUGCAAAUGUCACUAUAAUUUAGAAUAACUGACAGCCAAGUAUUUUUUACUUUUGCCUUUUUGUUUUAUAUGAAAGGAACCUAAAUGAACUGGAAACAAAGCCAAUUGGACUUCUAAAAGCCAUAAACAACUUCUAAAAGCCAGGAUUUUGUGACAGCCAUCAUUCUUUAUCAGGAUAACGUUUUCAGUCCUACCAGGCAAACCUGUGGGACCAACUGCUGCUGCCAUGUUAUUCCGAUAUGCUUGAUAUUGUGUCUCAAGCUAAGCUUUGUACGUACUAGGAGAAGGCCACUAAGUGCUGGAACUCACUUCCAUAGCAAAAAGAUAGGUGUGAAAAUGCUGUGUUGUUUUGGUCAGAUAAGCCAUAGCCGUCUUAGUGGCAGCUGAACGUUUUGAGGAAGCUCAUACUUGUGUGUCAACUACUGGUUGCUCUCUAGUCUUCCAGGGCAGUAGAGGGUCAGAGGGAGUGUCAUGUUGAAGCUGCUCUUCCACAUAGUGCUGGUGUUGACCUGUCUUCACCCUUCACCUCACUGUACCUCCCUCCCUACAUAAGCUAACUCCAGCUGCUCUCGGAGAAAGGUCUUUGGUCCUCGUGGAAAAUGUCCUAUGCAUUUCAGAACCUGUUCAGCUGGAGUCAACCUCGAUUGACACAGCCACAUCAUCUCCUCUUCCUAUCACUGGGCUUCUUGUGCUACUUAGUUCCUCCCACAGGUGUAUCUGCCGAGAUCUGCCGGGUGACAGGGGGAGUGUUGGGGAUCCACUGGAGCAGCGUGGUUGGUUUAGGCUGGCGCCCCCUGGCCGUGGGGAGGAACAGCGCCAGCUGCUGGGAAUCAUGCUGCCUGGAGCCCGCCUGCAGCGCCGUGUGGAGCCUGGGGGGGCGCUGUGUGCUACUGAGCUGCUCCAAAAGAGGGGUCUGUCAAGUCACUUCUCUCCCCCAGCCCCACAUUGAGUCCCUGGGGCUCCUGCAGCAGCUUUCAAAGGGCACCACCACAGCUCGGAGGAGAAGGCGGAGGUGGGCAACAACAGGAAAGGGAAGCCAGAAACAUGGGUUGGACAACCAACUUUCUAGCAUUCGGGUUUCCAAGGAUGUAGAGCAUCCAGCUCCAACAGUCGGCAUCACCAGCGGAGUAGCUCUCCCUCAAACAUCUGAUAAGAAUCACAGCCAGUUAACCAAUGGAAGUGGAGAAGCUCCAUCACCAUCACAGCAGAACUCUACAUCAGAGGACAGCAAAGACACAGCAUCUUCCAACAGCAGCUUUGUGCUUCCCACUACUGCUCCUACAAUCACUACAUCACCAACCCAGGCUGUGCGGGAAUUGGUGGUGUCGGCAGGCGAGAGCGUGGAGGUCACGCUGCCGCGCAACGAGGUGGAACUCAAUGCCUUUGUGGUGCCAGCGCCCCAGCCAGGGACCAACUAUGUAUUUGACUGGCUCUUGAGAACUCAUCCUAAAGACUACAGUGGAGAGAUGGAGGGGAAGCACAGCAAGACACUCAAACUCAGCAAGCUGACAGUGGGGCUCUAUGAGUUUGAGGUGACUGUGGACUGUGACGGAGUACACGGAGAGGGCUAUGUCAACGUAACAGUCAAACCAGAGCCGCGGGUAAACAAGCCACCCGUCGCUGUGGUUUCCCCAAAGUUCCAGGAGAUAUCCUUGCCAACCAGCUCCACGGUGAUCGACGGCAGCCAGAGCACAGACGAUGACAAGGUGGUGGCGUGGCACUGGGAGGAGGUGAAGGGCCCGCUGAGGGAGGAGAAGGUCUCGGCAGACACCCAAAUCCUCACCCUUACCGGCCUGGUCCCAGGGAACUACACCUUCAGUCUGACGGUUACGGACUCGGACGGGGCCCAGAGCUCCACCCAGGCCACGCUGUCGGUCAACAAGGCCAUGGACUACCGGCCGGUGGCCAACGCCGGGCCCAACCAGGUCAUCACGCUACCGCGCAAUGCUGUCACGCUGCACGGCAACCAGAGCGCGGACGACCACGAGCCGCUGGCCUACGAGUGGUCGCUCAGCCCUGAGAGCAAGGGCAAGGUAGUGGAGAUGCAGGGCGUGCGGACUCCCACUCUGCAGCUGUCUGCCAUGCAGGAAGGAGACUACACCUUCCAGCUCACUGUCACAGACACAGCCGGACAGCAGGACACGGCACAGGUCACCGUUAUCGUCCAGCCAGAGAACAAUAAGCCCCCAGUAGCAGACGCCGGCCCAGAGAAGGAGCUGACCCUGCCUGUGGACCACACAACUCUAGACGGCAGCAAGAGCACGGACGACCAGAAUAUCUCCACCUACCACUGGAAACAGAGCAAGGGUCCGGAUGGAGUGAAGAUCGAGAAUGCUGAUGGCGCAGUUGCCACGGUAACAGGGCUACAGGUGGGCGAGUACGAGUUCAGCCUGACCGUGACGGACGAGAGGAAUCUGGCGAGCACCGACACGGUCACGGUCAUCGUCCGAGAGGAGUUGGACCAGCCCCCAGUAGCCCAUGUCCAGUCCAGCCCGGCCAUCUCUUUGCCUCUGCGGACUGCAGCCCUGGACGGCUCCCACUCCACAGACGACAAGGGCGGAGUCAGCUACUUGUGGACCCGUGACGACAGUAGCCCUGCAGCAGGGGAUGUACUGAACAAUUCUGACCACCAGGCAGUGCUGUUCCUCACAAACCUGGUGGAGGGAAAGUACAGCUUCACCUUGACUGUGACAGACAGCAAGGGCCAGAGCAGCUCAGACAGAGGGACUGUAGAGGUCAAACCAGACGUGUGGCAGCGUGACCUGGUGGAGCUGGUGCUGGAGGUGUCUGUGUCCCAGGUGUCCCACCGCCAGAGAGACAUGCUGCUCAGGCAGGUGGGUGUGCUGCUGGGCGUGCUCGACAGUGACAUCAUCGUACGGGGGGUCAGCGCCUUCAACGAGCACAGUACUCGUCUGGUGUUCUUGGUGUCUGGGGGUCCGGGUCGCCCCCCUCUGUCCGGUCACAGUGUGGCUCUGGGGCUACGCAACAAACUACACAAACAGAAGAACGACUUCCUCAUCUUCAAGGCACGGCGGGUGGACACAGUCAUCUGUCAGCUGAACUGCUCCAGUCACGGGGAUUGUGACUCAUUCACGCGGACCUGUGUCUGCCACCCCUUCUGGAUGGAGAAUUUCAUCAAAGCACAGUUGUGGGACCAAGAGAGCAACUGUGAAUGGAGUGUGCUGUACGUGACCGUAGCAUCCUUCAUGAUUGUGGUUGCCAUCGCGACAGUUGUCUGGGUUAUGAUGUGUUGUUACCGCAGGCGUAGGGGUAAAGUGCGCCACAAGAGUAAAAGCCGCUACAAGAUGCUUAAUGGCGAAGAGCAGGACAGCCUGGAGCUACAGCCACCCCGAGCUGGCCGAAUGAAGCCAGCCCCCGCUCCCUCCUCCUCGGCCCUCAUGCGCUCUGACUCUGACCUGGACAGUGACGACGGGCAGGGAGGGGUCCCGUGGACGGACCGGGAACGAGGACACCUCCUCCGACCCCAGAACGGAACCCUGAGAAACAGCCAGGGUCCCACCAGGAGCAAAAAGCAAAGAGAGGAGCUGCUAUAACAGAGGGUGGGGGAACACCCCUCCCCACCCCUAAACCCUCACCAACCCCCCUCUCUCUCGCUCUUCUCCACCACACAAACCGUGCACCUCUCCACCCAUAGGACACUUAAGACGCAUGGAUCCUGGAGAAUGAGAGAGAAACCUGUUGGACACAGGGUCAAGCCACUCACCCACACACCCCCGUAUUGAAACCUUCCUGCGCCCACACUGAGCCAAGAUUAAGGAGAUGAGGUUUAAUCUUUGAGAAGGACAGACCAUUUAAUGGUAAAAUGGGGGAGUUGAUAGGGGAAUGAAUGGUUAGAAUGUCAAGUUGAGCGCUGUUCACCCCUGAGACAUGGAGAAUGUACCCCCCCCCCACUUCUAGAAGGAACAAACUGGAGACUGCUAGUGAAGACUAGCCUGAUCGAUCCUGUUCCCUUCAGACAGGAACUUUACUCCACUCCAAUGUCAUGUGAACCACAUGGAAACUGAGCCCGUCUCUCUCUCUCUCACACACACACACACACACACACAGAAUCUAUCUAAGACGCACACCUCUUCCCAGGAUGCUUGACACAACACACUUCCAAUUCCAAGUACUGUUAGGCACUACCCAACGCUGGCCAACUCCACUCUGACAUAGGUUACAAUAUGAUUGACAAGUAACUUGUCUAGAUUAAAACAAAUCUAGAUAUCCGUGCAUGACACAGUACGGCUGCAGUUGUGGUAUGUAUAUGUAUUAAUGUUUGGAUGGUGGUUAGGUCUGCAUGAAUGUGUAAAAAAAUCUGAAUAUGCGUGCUUUUGGCCAUUUUGCCAAAACGUCUUGUUUCAGAAAAGGGUUGUGUGUUUGUUUGACACUUACCAGCAUUGAGAGUCGAAACUGCUACUGCUGCUGUCAGCCAUGUUGGUCAGAGUCAGAGGAUCCUGGGAAAUGCUGUUUUACGAGAGCCAUGCCUCAUACUGUAUGAACUCACUGGAUGACACACUGGACUACACAACGUUGAUGCGCCUACCCCUAUGACUGUGUCCCUGGGAGAUGAUAAUGAUGAAGAUGACACCAAUGACACAUGGGGAAGAAAGGGGCAAUGCUUCCUACUCACUCACCUCAGACACUAACGACUGCUCAAACCUGGAAAACCACUUAACGUCUUGUCUGUUUUGAGAUUUAUAUUGGCGCAUCAUUUUGAUUCUGAUGCACUUCGUUUUUCACGCUCACUGUGGCUCUGUCUGCAUCUCCACACAUUGAUCAGAUUGGGAAUUAAUUCAGUUCAGCCGUAGACUCAGAGUGGGACUCCAUUGCCCAGCGCGUACCUCCUCCAUAUUUGAAUGGUGUUGUCAUUUUGUAUGUAGUUUACUGUGAACCUAACCCUUCAGUCUGACUUUAGUUACUUUUUUGGUUGUUGAAUGUUUAAGAGGAAAGCCCCCAUCUAAUUAGAGGAACGCUCUGUGAAAUAAGCUAUCUCAGUGCAAAGUCAUCUCUUACUGUUGCUCCAUUGCACUAGUGGAGCACAUUUAUGAAAGAUUAGUAGCGUGCAUUCUGGGACAUGGAGUCCACUGUGAAGGCAGACCGGGAGCUGCAACAAAAUGAAGGGAUUCUGUGUUCAUUUAAUUGUUCAAUAACAAUAUAAGGACCUGCUAUGUUACCAGACCUGAUGAAACUGGAUUAUCUGUAAAUUAAAAUCAAAUGUUUUAA